AUGGCUGGCUGGCAGCCGGACCAGGUUAAGUUAGACCAGGUCGGUCAGCUGCUGAGUGGAGCGGCGGACCCGACCAACCAUCAGGUCCAUGUGCAGGCGCUGCAGAUGCUUGACCAGGCUAAACGAGAUUACCCGGAUUUCGGGUGCUACUUGCUGGUUGUUUUCUGCAAGAUGCCAUCGGCUGCGCUGGAGCUGCGACAGCUGGCUGGCAUCCACCUGAAGAACACAAUCAAAGACAAGCACAUGAAGACUGAUGUGCUGGGGUUUGUGCGGAGUGAAGUGCUGAGCAUGCUUGGAGAUCCUGAGCGGAUCUUCCGCAGAACUGCGGCACAGAUUGUGACCACCAUCGUUGCAAGGGAGGACAGCAGCCUGAAGACUUGGCCAGAGCUCUUGCCCAAGUUGAUGGAGCUGUUGAACAGCGGGUCGGAGAACCACGUUGAAGGCUCUCUGGGAGCUCUGAGACUGAUCUGUGAAGAUCAUACCCGGCAGCUGUGCGAGCAGGAGUUUGGGGAGCGACUGAACCAGAUGAUAGCCAAGUUCAUCUCGCUCUUUCAUCUGCCCAGAGGAGACCUCCGUGCCGCAGCCAUAAACUGCAUCCGGCAAUUCAUCCUCCCCCUCCCGAACGCGUUCCUCAUGAACAUGGACUCGUUUCUCAAGGGCUUGCUGGACCUUCACAAGGACUCCUCAGCCGAAGUGAGGAAGGAGAUUUGCACCAGCUUGUGCUUGCUUGCGGAGAUGAAGGCCGAUUUCCUUGCAGAUCCAAACAUCUGCACCUUUGUGAUUGAGUUCCUCUUGUGGACGACGGAGCAUGACUCAGACUACGACGUGAAGAAGGAGGCAUGCGAAUUCUGGUCCACCAUCUGCGAGAACGAUGAAGUUCCUGCUGGUGUGCUGAAGCCGUACCUGACUCGACUGACCCUCGUCCUGCUCAAUGGGAUGGUUUACAGCGAGGAGGAGCUGAGUGUCCUCUCGGAUGAUUUGGACAGUGUCCCCGACAAGACCGAGGAGAUCAAUCCGGCCUCCCUCCACCACCACUCGAAGCAUGCGGUGGCGGAGCAGGAGGAUGAGGAGGAUGAGGAGGAUGAGGAUGAGGAUGGAGGAAUAGAUUGGACUCUGCGCAAAUGUUCAGCAUCUGGUUUGGAUACGAUCGCCAACCACUACCAGGCGAACAUCCUCGACGCGCUCCUUCCUCACAUCCACAGCAAGCUACAGGAUCCCGACUGGAAGGUACAGGAGAGCGCCGUGCUAGCCAUGGGAGCUCUCGCUGAGGGUUGUGAAGCUGGCCUGCUCGAGAGGCAGUACUUGCCGAAUUUCAUCGUCCACCUCAUCAACGCUGUGCUGAACAGCGACAAACCUCUCCUGCGCAGCAUCACCUGUUGGACACUCAGCCGCUACUCUCGAUUCAUCUCCUACAGCGGCGGGAAGCCGGAUGAGGGGAUCGGAGGGCCGAUGCUCGAGCCGCUCGUGAUGGGGCUCUUGAAGUGUAUGCUGGACAACAGUAAGAGGGUCCAGGAAGCUGCUGUAUCCGCUAUGGCAGUGCUGGAGGAGGAGGCGCGGAUGGUACUCAUGCCUCACGUGCCCACGAUUCUCCAGGUGUACGCUCAAGCUUUCAGCAAGUAUCAGGCGAAGAAUCUUAUCAUCUUGUAUGAUGCCUGCGGCACUCUUGCGGACUCCAUCGGGAAGGAGCUGAUGAGGCCGGACCUGGUCAACCUCUUGCUUCCUCCCCUCCUCGCCAAGUGGGAGUCGCUGAAAGACGAAGACAGAAGUCUGUUCCCCAUGCUCGAGUGCCUCUCAUCGGUCGUACAAGCUGUCGGCCUGAGCUUUGUUCAGUAUGCACAGCCUGUGUUCAAUCGCUCGAUCCAGCUGAUAGGCCAAGCUCUCGAGUCUCAAGAGAAGGACCCCUACAACUGCCUUGAGGAUGAGUACAUCGUGUGCUCCCUCGACCUCAUCUCCGGCAUGGCAGAGGGGCUCGAGGGCUCCAUUGAGAGCCUCGUCAGCAACAGCCAGCUCCUGCCCAUGAUGAUGAAGUGCUUCCAUCAUAUCUCGCCAGACGUGCGGCAGAGUGCCUUCGCCCUGCUGGGUGACCUGGCCAAGACGUGCCUGACUCACCUGCGACCCUACCUCGAGGGCAUCUUCCCUUCGGUGCAGAUGAACUUGGACCCGGAGAUUCUCUCGGUGUGUAACAACGCCUGCUGGUCAGUCGGGGAGAUCGUGAUCAGACUGGGCAGCGAGGUGGCGGGUGUAGUGAACAACCUGCUCAUCCCGCUGAUCAACCUGAUGUGCCGUCCUCAGCUGAACAGAAAUCUCCUUCAGAACACAGCCAUCACCAUCGGGAGAUUCGGCUUCGUCUGCCCUGAGGUCGUAGCUCCCAGCCUGCAGCAGUUCAUCCAGCCAUGGUGCAAGGAACUGACGGGGAUCCGAGACGACAUUGAGAAGGAGCAUGCCUUCCGCGGGCUGAUCAAGAUGGCGACUAUGAACCCUCAGGGCUGCUUGGACUCUAUGGACAUUCUGUUCAAGGCGCUGGACUCGUGGCAGCAGGAGAAACUAUCCCCGGAGCUCCGCAAGGAAAUCUCUGAGCUGCUCCAGUGGUUCAAGGCGAACCUGGAGAGCGUGAACCAGUGGCAGGGGGUGUACGGGCGGGUCCCCCAGGAGGUGAAGGAGGGGCUGCAAGCAAAGUACGGGCUGCCUCCCUCAUGA